UCCGACAUGGCGGCCGUUAUCGUAUUAUCGCGACAGCGAAAUUUCAAAGACCCUUAACGUUGGCGUUUUUGUUUUCGAUAUUCCGUGCGAAGAAUCGACGGAAGCGUGCAAUUCGCAUCUCCUACCGGAUAAUCACCCGAGGUGUACCAGAGAAACCAAGGCAAAAAAAUGAGCGUCGACGCGUACGGGCCUAGUUCUCAAACGCUCACGUUUUUGGAUACAGAAGAGGCCGAUCUAAUUGGGGCCGACACCCAGGGUUCCGAAUGCGACUUUACGGAUUUCACAAUACCCUCGCAGACGCAGGCCUCGCAGCACGACCACGCGGGCCCCAAAGUGGCCGGAGUACAGAUCAACACCGGCAUCGUGAACAAGAUCGCUUCAGCGACAGCGGCCCUUGGCGAGUUACAAUUUGAAGAAGAAGAUGAAGAGUUCUACAACAGCAAAGAAUUGCCCGAUUUCGCGUGCAAGUAUUGCGGCAUCCACGAGCCCAAUUGUGUGGUCAUGUGCAAUAUUUGCAAGAAGUGGUUUUGUAAUGGGCGCGGCAACACGUCGGGAAGCCACAUCAUUAAUCACUUGGUGCGCGCCAAGCACAAGGAGGUCACCCUACAUAAGGACGGACCUCUGGGUGAGACCGUUCUCGAGUGUUACAGUUGUGGGGUGAGAAACGUGUUCGUGUUGGGUUUUAUACCGGCCAAGGCAGACUCGGUGGUGGUGUUGCUUUGCCGACAACCCUGCGCUGCCCAGAAUUCGCUCAAGGACAUGAACUGGGAACAGGACCAGUGGAAGCCGCUCAUAGCGGAUCGUUGCUUCCUUACGUGGCUCGUAAAGAUACCGUCUGAACAAGAACAACUGCGAGCACGCCAGAUAACUGCACAACAGAUCAACAAACUUGAGGAGCUGUGGAAAGAGAAUGUGGACGCCACUUUUCAGGAUUUGGAAAAGCCUGGGGUAGACGAAGAACCUCAGCAAGUUUUGUUGAGGUAUGAAGACGGUUACCAGUAUCAGAAUAUUUUUGGACCGCUGGUUAAGCUCGAGGCGGAUUAUGACAAGAGGCUGAAGGAGUCCCAGACCCAGGAAAAUAUCGAAGUCAGGUGGGAUGUCGGGCUGAACAAGAAGACCAUCGCUUAUUUUACAUUGGCGAAAACCGACGGGGAUAUGAAGCUGAUGCAUGGAGAUGAGCUUAGACUACGAUACGUGGGCGAAAUGCACAAGUCGUGGGCGGGAGUGGGCCACGUCAUCAAGGUGCCCGAUAACUACGGCGAGGAUAUCGGGAUAGAGCUGAAAAAUGGGGCGGGUGCGCCUACCGACUGCAAUAGUAACUUCGUCGUCGAUUUCAUAUGGAAGAGCACCAGCUUCGAUCGGAUGCAGCUCGCUCUGCGCAAGUUCGCGGUCGACGACGCCUCCGUCUCCGCGUACAUCUAUCACCGUCUCCUCGGCCACGAGGUCGAAGAGGUGCUGUUCCGAUGCCACCUCCCCAAACAUUUCUCCGCCCCCAACCUUCCCGACCUGAACCGUUCCCAGGUGUACGCAGUCAAGCAUGCGCUCCAGCGGCCCCUCUCCCUGAUCCAGGGUCCGCCGGGCACCGGUAAAACGGUCACUUCCGCGACCAUAGUCUACCAGUUGGUCAAGCAGAACGGUGGACCGGUGCUGGUGUGCGCUCCUAGCAACACCGCCGUCGAUCAGCUUACCGAGAAGAUCCACAAGACCGACCUGAAGGUGGUGCGUCUGUGCGCGAAAUCGCGCGAGGCAAUCGAUUCGCCGGUUAGUUUCCUCGCUCUGCACAAUCAGAUCCGCAAAAUGGAAGGCAACACCGAGCUGCAGAAGCUCCAGCAGCUGAAGGACGAGACGGGCGAGUUGUCGUCGGUCGACGAGAAGCGGUACCGCAUGCUAAAAAAACUCGCGGAGAAGGAGCUGCUCGAAGCGGCGGACGUGAUAUGCUGCACAUGCGUGGGGGCCGGCGAUCCGCGACUUGUCCGCCUUAAAUUCCACUCGAUUUUGAUCGACGAGAGUAUGCAGGCGACUGAGCCGGAGUGCAUGGUGCCGGUGGUGCUCGGAGUAAAACAGCUGAUUUUGGUGGGCGACCACUGCCAACUAGGCCCGGUGGUGAUGUGCAAAAAGGCGGCGCGUGCGGGCCUGUCUCAGUCGCUGUUCGAGCGGCUCGUCGUAUUGGGCAUCAGGCCUUUCCGCCUAGAGGUGCAGUACCGCAUGCACCCCGAACUAUCUCGAUUCCCGUCGAAUUUCUUCUACGAGGGCAGUCUGCAAAACGGGGUGGGAUCGGAGGAGCGAAAACUGGCCAAGAUCGAGUUUCCUUGGCCCAUCACCGACCGUCCGAUGUUCUUCCUGGUAACCCAGGGCCAGGAGGAGAUAGCGGGCAGCGGUACCAGCUACCUGAACCGCACCGAGGCGAGCAACGUCGAAAAAAUAGCUACGCGGUUUUUGCGCGCGGGCGUCAAACCCGAGCAGAUAGGGGUGAUCACGCCGUAUGAAGGCCAGCGCGCGUAUCUCGUGCAAUAUAUGCAGUACCAGGGCUCGUUACACAGCAAACUCUACCAGGAGAUCGAGAUCGCGAGCGUGGACGCGUUCCAGGGUCGCGAAAAAGACAUCAUCAUCAUGUCGUGCGUGCGCAGCAACGAGCACCAGGGUAUCGGGUUCCUAAACGACCCCCGACGCCUCAACGUCGCCCUCACCCGCGCCAAAUACGGCAUCAUCAUCGUCGGUAACCCGAAGGUGUUGUCCAAGCAGCCGCUCUGGAACCACCUGUUGUCGUUUUACAAGGAGCAAAAGGUGCUGGUCGAGGGCCCGCUGACCAACAUGAAGGAGUCGCUCAUUCAGUUCGCGAAACCGAAGAAGCUGACCAACGCGGAGAACCCGGGAUCGCACUUUAUGUCGACGUCGAUGUUCGACGCGCGCGAAGCCAUGGUACCGGGUUCCGUUUAUGACAGAACCGGGUCGGUGAUGAACGGUGGCACGGGAGGACCGUUCGGUAACGCUUUCCAGCCGAACCACCGGCCGGUCGCGAUGGACAUGUUCGGACGUACUCACGACCCGAUCGGUUACAUCGCGCCGGAACGCGCGCAGGCCGGUCUCAACUUGCCCGUGCCGGUCGGCAUGUUUAUGAAUAUGGCGCACAUCCCGCCCCGCUUCUAUAACCAGCAUCAGCAGGCGUUGCAGGCGCGACAGCAGCAGCAGCAGAACCCGCGCGUCUCCCGCAAGAUGCCGCCCCGUCAGAAGGGUAAGGGCGGGCUGAGUCAAGACCAGACGCAACCGUUCAGCCAGAGCCUGCAGCUAACGCAGGGCGGCAUGUCCCAGCCCGGGCUCUCCCAGCCCGGGUUCAGCUUGUCGCAGCCCGGCCUGUCGCAGGCGGAACUCAGCCAGGACCUGUACAUGGCCGAGUACCAGUCGCAGAUGGACGGGCUACUCUCGCAGGAUUCGACAUACCAGGGCGAUCGGUCGGCGUUUUAUCAGCCCAGCGCGCAGUUUUCGCAGCCAUACUGAUUGGAAGAUGAACCGGGGGCGGCAGCGGCAGCACCCGCAGACGCGGAAGCGGCUCAGUAAGAAAUUAAUAGAGAGAGCGAGAAAGAGAGAGAGCAAGAUCGAUGCGUAGUACUGCGUAAUACCACCGCUACCGCACUUACACACAAAACCAAAAAACAAAUUCGAAAGUGAUCGAGAUUCGACCUGCCUGUCAAAUUGCCAGUUAACAACAUCAACGAGAAACGAUCGAACCGAGAUGUCCAAGAGAAGAACGUUGUUGGGGGAGACGAACGCGCGAGCGGAAUGCCAGGGGGCGCCGCGCACGCGAGACCCACUCGGGGCUGUUUUCGUUUAAGCUUCCAUUUUUUUUUUGUUUAGGGUGUCCGGGAAUAGGGAGCCUGAGCUCCCUUAUUACACAAUAAACUCAGUAGUUUAUAGUAUAUUUUCUAUUACUUCUUACGUUAUGACCAUGCUAAUUGGGCGCUAACUCUUAUUUCGUUACUUUUUCAUUUAUUCGAAAUUUUUACGUUUUUCUGCCAUGCUGCGUUUUCUUUUAUUUGCGGUAACACUUAUUAAUUAAUAAAAAGUAUA